AUCUUCGUGAGACGCUUUGUUUUCAUCAUGUCGGCGGUGGAUUUCAGAGACAACCUCCUGGGGAUCUCCUGGGUGGACAGCGGCUGGGUGCCCAUUCUCAACCCGGGCAAUGUGCUGGACUAUUUCUCUGAGAGGAGCAACCCCUUCUACGACCGAACCUGCAACAACGAGGUCGUGAAGAUGCAGCGUCUCACUCUGGAACAUCUUAAUCAGAUGGUCGGAGUGGAGUACAUCCUUCUUCACGCUCAGGAGCCAAUUCUUUACAUAAUCCGCAAACAGCAGAGGCAGUCGCCAACACAAGUGAUACCUUUCUCUGACUACUACAUCAUAGCCGGAGUGGUGUAUCAGGCCCCAGACCUGGGAACAGUGAUCAGCUCCAGAGCGUUGUCUGCAGUCCAUGGAAUCCAGUCAGCGUUUGAUGAAGCCAUGUCAUAUUGCCGCUACCACCCGUCCAAAGGAUACUGGUGGCACUUUAAGGACCAGGAGGAACGAGAAAAAAACAAACCCAAGUCAAAGAAGAAGGAGGAACAGAGUUCAUUGUUUCAGAGGCACCGAGUAGACACACUCCUUUUGGACCUCAGGUCAAAAUUCCCACCAACAUUUUACCAGCCUAAGCCUGGCGAGAAGCCAAUUCCAGUUGAGGUGAAAAAGGAGCCUGAACCUCCUGCAGAAACUGUAAAACAAGAGGAGAGGGAACCGGCCACAAAGUCCUCCGCCACAGCUCCACCGAGCAAACCUCCUCCCGAGAAGAGAGCAAGGCUCCAGUGACGGCUCCACCAUCAUCGUACUGCGUGAAGACGGAGCGAUGCAGUGAAACGUCCGAUAGCGCAAGCUCAAAAAAAUGAUAACGAUUAUUUCUGUUCCCUUUCGAAACCGGACGAUGGUUUACCACUUCGCUCGUUUGAUCAGUUUACAGCAUACUGAGAAAGAACUGGCACACAAAAAAAGUGUCAGUUGCUUCCCUCGGUGCCAGGACUACUUUUACACGGUAACCUUAGUCCCGUAUACUUGAUAGGUUUGACGUCACAGAGCAUUCAGGCAGCUGCACUACGAACAGGGGGUGUACUGUUUGAUGUCAGCAGGCGUUUCACAGUGGAGGAGGUUUUAUUAUACGAUAAGCUGAUAUCAUCGGUGUCAGUUUACUGCUGACAUCAGCUUAAUGUUUCUGUUGUAGUGACUUCAGAGAACAGUUUAAUUCCAUUUUCUGCUUCCCAGCGAGAUGUGUCACGAUGCAUCAGCUCAUCUGAAAGACAAAAAGCUCCUUAAACCCGGCGCCUCUUUAAUUGCAAACCCUUUCAUCUGUUCUUGAGAGAAAUAUUCUACUUUCUUGUGUUUUUGUAUUAAAAUGAAUCAGCCCUUGUAUCCUUGUGUGUUUAAUUGAUGAAAAGUAAUUUGUUUGAUCAGUUUUUCAUGUUAUGACCCAUGAUGACGAACAUCUACCUCUGACUCUUUAUGACACCUCAUUACUCUGUUUGCAGAUGGAAAUAAAAGCAUUACGUUUA